UUAUCGAUAACUUUCUGACUAACAUAAAAUCUACCAGCUGAUUAGUUCCAAUUUUAAGUCUGUUUUGCCGGUAUAUAAAAAUUGUGGUUUUUGUUGAAUUUUAAAAAUAUAAAUAUACAUAUUAAAUAUAAAGAUAUGAUACCUGCUGCGAUAUACACUUUCUCAUUACUGCUUCUGUUGCCUAAAGGUCUGCGUUGCAGUCAAUCGCCGACCAAACCUAUUGUGGGUUUGCAAUUAAGCGAUACUGGAAUGCAUCGCGAUCUUAUAUACACUGUUCAGUUUACUAAUGCGUUAUAUGACAAAAGCUGUAAUUACGUUCUUGAGCAGCUCCUUCCUGCUGGUGUCUACAUUAGUGUUGAUCAAAUUGGUGAUUUAAAACGAUUAAAGAAGUUAAAUGGCAUUUUUCCGGAAUUCGUUGAUAUUGAAGCGCCAACAGAGAAAUCUAAAUCUUUUACUAUCAUGUUAAACGGUGUGCCACAAUCAACGGAUGCCAUUAAAUUGCCCAUACAUUAUCGCUACCAUGCUCCGAGUAAAAAACAAAAGUACGAAAAUGCAAGUAUUUAUUUUUUAUUUCUUAUCUUAAAAGUAGUACUAUUUUUUAGUAAAUUCGCCACUGUUGAGAUUCCCAUUCCGAAAUUGUAUAUAAAGUGCAAAACGCUUGAAGACAACUCUAUUGAAGAAUUUUUGGAGACCGCAUCUAAAUAUAAUUAUUGCCUAAAUGAACGUAGCAUAAGUUUUGAAACCAAAAUUAACGAAAAUAAUAGUAAUUCAUCUCCAAAAUCAAAUCUUGCUGUAUACGACAAUUGUGACUGGUAUUUAGUUGACGUUCAUUUCCAACUCAAAACGGAUUUACGAGCUGACAUACCUAUAGGAAAUGAAAAGGCUUUUCCUCCUAUUUUAUAUGCUACAAUAAUUAUAAGUUGGAUUAUAUCGUUAUAUACAGUUUUUCGCACACAUGCUAUACCUCGACGCAUUAACUAUAAAUUAGAAGAACAACGAGUUUUGCAAAACAAAAUGAAGUAACAAUGAUAUUGCAUUUUACAUUUCAGUACAGCAUUCUGAAAACAUUUUCCAAAGCUUUUCAAGUACAUAUUUUUAAUAAUAAGUUUAUCUACAAGUUAAAGAUAAAUAACAGUAAUAAAAAAUAAACCAUUAUAUAUUAAUUAAAAAAAA